UAUGUAUAUUACUAUUAAGUAUGAGGCUUCAUGUAUGUAUACACAAUUGCAUGAUAAGCUCUACAGAUCUAUACAGUACCAAUGGCACCCCCCCCCCACAGACUACCAGUACUCAUAGCGUGCACUCUAUGAGUAAUGGUAGCCAAUGGAAGAGUGUCACCAGCACUGUACAAACCUGUAAUGUAGUCUGAAGCUGUGUGUGCAUUAUAAUGUAAGCUCUGUAUGCAUACUAAUUAAACUAUAUUAGACACAGUGUAUUGUACUUACAUGUAAUUGCAUGCCACUGAAGCCAGCCACGGCUUAUAACCUAUCUAAAGAACUUACAAGAAAGUCUACAAAUGCGGUUUCGGGGAUUCGAACCCGGACCUUCUUGCCUCAAGGUCUGGGCCCAUCCCCUCAACCACUAGGCUACCCGGACCGCCGGGCAACAGCACGUGAUUUUUCCACCUACACAUACUAACGGGCACUACAAUACUGCAUUAUACACUGUGUAAAUGCGUUAUAGCCAUGUACUGCUAAUCUAAUGAAACUUUUGACACUUACAGCUUCUUACCACUUCUUUGUAACUUAUGCUAGAAACUUGAAAAGGCCUGGUAAGCUUAGUUGGUUGCUCUUUCAAAAAAGCUGUUACGAUUUUAAAGGAUUAAAGCACAAAAGCCUCGCUCUAACGACUGUAGAAGGUUCUCAAAAGGUUUCUCUGGUUUACAUCCACAUUGUUUAGAAUUAAAACCAACACACUGCCCCUAGUUUAACGUUUGAUGAUUUUAAAGCUCGUUUUAAAGCCUAACUUCUUACUGUACAGGGUCCCCGGAUGUCAGAUGAACGAGAUAACACGGCUCCAACUCCAAAAACCAACCAGAGUCCUUUAAAGUUCUGUAGAAUAGAGCCUAGCGAAUCUUUGGUGGAAAUAAUCGAGAAAGAAAGAAAACCAAACUGUGAAACUCAGAAACUGACUGUAAGUCUCUGUUAAUUAAUUAUAAAGCCACGCCUUCCAACGUGGAAGAAUAUGGCUGGAGCUGGAAGUGGAAGAAGAAACAGGUAUCUUGCUCCAGAAGCAACCAGGAAUCCUUUGUUAUGUUUAAAGGAAAAGAAAGAAGAUAACUCAAUACUCAGAUCUAAUCAGUUACGUCAAGAUGGAAGGUCAUGUACAGAUAUCCGUCCAGUUUCAAUUCAAUCUGGCAUUGUAAGCCACGUGACUAGCUCCGCCUACAUUGAGCUUGGCGAUACUAAAGUGCUUUGUUCUAUACUUGGUCCGAGACACACACAAAAAGAUUUUAACUUAGAGGGUCAAGUCUUAUGUCAAGUAAAAUUUGCUCCUUUUUCUUGUCAUUUUCAAAAACCGUCACAGCAGGAAGAGAAAUUUAUGUCCUCGAUCAUAAGCGAAGCAAUUGUUGGAGCCAUUAGGACCGAAACGUUUCCAAAACUUGAAACACUGGUUAACAUAGUCGUACUUGAGAAUGAUGGCAGCAUGCUCACAGCGGCCAUUUUGUGUGCAUCUAUUGCCUUGGCAACAAGUGGUAUUGAAAUGAAGGAUCUUCCUACAGCAUGCACUGUGUCUUACAGUGAUAAAGCUAGCAACAUUUACUAUGACCCAACAAUUGCCGAAGAAUAUAGUACUGCUAAUGAGAACAAAGAUGUCAUCGGAUAUAAAUCUGUUGUAUAUCUGCCAUUGUUAAGGGAAAUAAGUGGAGUUUAUCAAGUGGGUGUGGCAGAGUCUCAUUCGGUUUCCUCCCAGUUGUUGGAGGCCUGUAUUGAAGGAGGUCUAAGAUAUCACGAAAGAGUAAGACAAUAUUUGAAGGAUUUAGCAUAAUCAAAAAUACUAUUUUUUGUAAAUACAAACAUUAACAAUACUUGGUUUUAAUAAUAAUCAAUACUGUUAUUAGUUUUUUAAUGUGCUGACAUUACAAGUCGACUUCAA